AUGGGACCAAAAAUAGCAGAAAAGAAGCGGAAGGCAUCGUUGGUCGUGGCGGAGACGCACGACGAGUCGGAAAACGAGGGCAGCCUGGACAAUCUGAUCAACGGGCUGACACUGUCGCAAGGGCUCCUGGGUGAUGAAGGCGCCGAGGACGAAGAGAAUGAAGAGGCGUCAACAGACCAGCCGAACUACCGAGUGACGACGGAUGCCAACGGCGGAGUGCGGUACGUGUACGAUGAGAUCGACCCGGUGUACGACUCGGACGACAGCGCGCAGGAGGGGGCCAACACGAUCGGCAACAUCCCGCUCUCGUUCUACGACUCGUACCCGCACAUUGGGUACGACAUCAACGGCAAGAAGAUCAUGCGGCCGGCGACGGGCGAAGCUUUGGACGCGCUGCUGGACAGCAUCGAGGUGCCACGCGACUGGACAGGGCUGACGGAUCCGGCGACGGGCAAGCCGCUGAAGCUGAGCCGGGACGAGCUGGAGCUGCUGCGCCGCGUGCAGAUGAACGAGCUGCCCGAGGAUGGCUACGACCCGUACCCAGACACGAUCGAGUACUUUACGGGUAUCGAGGAGACGAUGCCGCUGAGUGCGGCGCCAGAGCCGAAGCGGCGGUUUGUGCCGUCCAAGCACGAGGCCGUGCGCGUGGCCAAGCUGGUCCGGGCGAUCCGUGAGGGCCGCAUCCUGCCCUACAAGCCAGCGCCGACGGGUGACGAAGCGGACGCCGAGGCCGACGAGGCCGACGAGGGGCACCGCUACGAUCUCUGGCAGGACGAGCAGCCGCGCGAGCCGCACGCGAUGCACCUGGUGGCGCCCAAGCUGCCGCCGCCCGGCCACAGCGAGUCGUACAACUGUCCGGCCGAGUACGUGCCGACACGGGCCGAGCGCGAGGCCUGGGAGGCGGCGGACCCGGAGGACCGUGAGCAGCCGUUCUUGCCGGCUCGCUACGACGCCCUGCGCAAGGUGCCCGGCUACGGCGAGCUCGUCAAGGAGCGCUUCGAGCGCUGCCUGGACCUGUAUCUGGCGCCGCGCGUGCGGCGCACCAAGCUGCACAUCGACCCCGACUCGCUGCUGCCGAAGCUGCCGCCGGCCGAGGAGCUGAAGCCGUUCCCGACCGUAUGCCAGACCAUCUUCCGCGGCCACCGGGGCUGGGUCCGCUGCGUGGCCAUCGACCCGACCGGCUGCUGGCUGGCCUCGGGCGGCAGCGACGGCACCGUGCGUCUGUGGGAGCUGCUGUCCGGACGGCAGGUCUGGAGCGUGCGGCUGACCGGUGGGGGGGGAGCAGAAGGCGAUGUCGAUGCCAAGACGAGCACAGACGACGAGCGCGAGCCCGUGAGCUGUCUGGCAUGGCGGCCGGGCAAGAACGCGCUGGUGCUGGCAGCGGCCGCGGGCGAGGAUCUGUUCUUGAUGGUGCCGACCGUGGCCGUCGACCCGGAGCUGGAGCAGGCCAGCCGAGCGGUGGUCGAUGCCGGGUUUGGUCAUGCGGCCAGCCGGGCGGCCAAGAAGCCCGAGGACGCCAACAAGCAGCCGACGGCCCGUUGGACGCGGCCGCACGACCACAGCCUCGAGGCGGCCGGCGUGCUCGUGCAGCUGCGCGUGCGGUCGCCCAUCCGCACGGUCAGCUGGCAUCGCCGCGGCGAGCACUUUUGCACGGUGUCGCCGGCGGGCGGCCGCAGUGCCGUGGCCAUCCAUACGCUGUCGCGCCACCUGAGCCAGGUGCCGUUCCGUCGCCAGCGCAACAUCCCGCAGGCCGCCCACUUCCACCCGUCACGGCCGCUCUUCUUCAUCGCGACCAAGCAGCGGGUGCGCGUGUACGACCUGCAGAAGAUGGAGCUCGUCAAGACGGUGCAGCCGGGCGCCCGGCUCAUCUCCGACUUUGACGUCCAUCCGCAGGGCAAUGGCGACCACAUCGUGGUCGGCUCCUACGAUCGCCGCCUCGUCUGGCACGACCUCGAAAUGUCCGCCCGGCCUUUCCGCACCAUGCGCUACCACGACAAGGCCGUGCGCGCCGUGCGCUUCCAUCGCGGCGGCCUGCCGCUGCUCGCCGACGCCAGCGACGACGGCACUCUGCAGAUCUACUUUGGCCGCGUCUACGCCGAUCCGAUGGAGGCCCCCACCAUCGUGCCGCUCAAGAAGCUCGUCCGCGGCGCCCACCGCGUCGUCGAUGCCGUCGGCGCCCUCGACGUCGCCUGGCAUCCCAAAGAGGCCUGGUGCGUGUCUGCCGGCGCCGAUGGCACCUGUCGGCUGUGGAUGUAG